UCCUCCUCCUCCUCUCUCUCUCUCUCUCUCUCUCAUAUCCAUCUCUCACUCUCUCUCAAAUCCAAGUAUUUUAAAACCAUGAUGAAAGGAGGCUUUCAGGUAGUCCAUGGUGCUCUUGACUUAAUCCAACCCCAUGAGCAAUGGGACUACAAUCAUGUCCCAUACCCAACUGUUACUGCCAACCCCUUUCCAAGAUCAAUGGUCGAAAACAACUGCACCAACUCAGAGAAAAACGAACUCUCCAUGUGGGUCGAACAUGUCACAAAGCAACUCAUCGAAGACUUGCCAGAAACCGGCUCCGAGAGCUUCCAAGCCGACACAACAAUGGUGUUUGACGACAAUAAUAUCGUUCCAACACCAUUGUUAGCCGAGUUCAGACCCAGAAAGAUCCCAAAAAGGCCAUAUUUUGACUCCCCAGGCGAGCAAAUCCGAUGGCUUGGUGAUGAUCAAGCCAACUUCAAUGAAGGAUCUAAAGGGUUGAGUAGGUUAGAUGAGCAGGGUUUGAGUUUGAUCACACUUCUUUUGGAGUGUGCUGUUGCUAUAUCAGUUGAUAAUCUUGGUGAGGCUCAUAGAAUGUUGCUUGAGUUAACGCAAAUGGCUUCCCCAUAUGGACCCUCUUGCGCUGAGAGAGUUGUGGCUUAUUUCUCUAAAGCCAUGGCUAGUAGGGUUAUCAACUCAUGGUUAGGGAUUUGUAGCCCUUUGAUCAACCAUAAGGGUGUCCACUCCUCAUUCCAAUUCUUCAACAACAUCUCUCCUUUCAUCAAAUUUGCUCAUUUCACCUCCAACCAAGCUAUCUUAGAGGCUUUUCAUCGCCACGAUAGGGUUCAUAUUAUUGACCUCGAUAUCAUGCAAGGCCUUCAAUGGCCCGCGCUUUUUCACAUCCUCGCCACCCGCCUAGAGGGUCCACCGCACGUCAGAAUGACCGGUAUGGGGUCCUCCAUCGUGCUCCUGAUCGAAACAGGCAAGCAAUUGUCUAGUUUCGCUAAGCGGUUAGGGUUGUCAUUUGAAUUCCACCCAAUUGCAAAGAAAUUUGGUGAUAUUGAUAUAUCGAUGUUGCAAAUUAGGCGAGGAGAAGCCACAGCGGUGCAUUGGUUGCAGCACUCGUUGUACGAUGCCACAGGACCCGAUUGGAAGACAAUGAGACUCCUCCAAGAGUUGGCUCCAAGAGUGAUAACAUUGGUUGAGCAAGACAUAGCUCAUGGAGGGGCUUUCUUGGACCGGUUUGUCGGUGCUCUUCAUUACUACUCCACCAUUUUCGACUCUCUUGGAGCUGUUUUGCCUAGCGAUGAUCAAAGCCGCCAUCAUGUCGAGCAUUGCUUGCUCUAUAGGGAGAUUAACAAUAUAUUGGCGAUAGGAGGACCAGCUCGGAGUGGGGAGGAUAAGUUUAGGCAUUGGAGGAGUGAACUUGCAAGGAAUUGCUUCAUGCAAGUCCCAAUGAGUGGGAAUUCUAUGGCCCAAGCACAGCUUAUACUUAAUAUGUUCCCUCAUAUUCAUGGCUAUAGCCUUGUGCAAGGAGAUGGCACACUUAGGCUAGGUUGGAAGGAUACUAGCUUGUUCACCGCUUCUGCCUGGACUUCACACGCUUCCAGAUAAAUAAUGGGAUUUUGAAUUUCUGAUACUAAUAUUCAUUGUAUAUCAGCAGUUGAUAUAUGUUUGUAUUGUUGAGCAAUUUGUGUGUGUGUUUUUUUUAAGGGUGAAGUUUACUCUCUCAAACUAGAGAUAAGCCAUAAGGACUGUGUAGAUAAAUAGAUCAUUGGGCAUUCAAAGAAAGCCAAAAUGAAGGGUCUUCAGUUGUUAUAUAUAUGUUAAUUUCUAUUGUUGCA